GAAUCAAUUUAUCCAUCUCCACAAAAUCAUAGUACUAACAGCAAACAUAAUACUCUUUUUUAAAAAAAAAAAAAAAAAGGCUUUGCAAUGAAGUAUCCUUAGGGAACAAUAUGAAGAAGGGUUAAAGAUUCCAGCACAUUCGGCAACGCGGAACGGAGGUUAAAAACGUUCGAUCACUUGAGGCUAUCGUGCGAUUGAAAUGUAAUAAUGCACCAGACGCUGUUAAACAAAAAGGAUUGCGCUUUUUUCUCGCCAUCUAUGAUCUAACGGUUCCAAUAAUCUUCGUGGGGCCUAAUCGGAUGGUUCAAGUUCAACAGCAAGUCUUUUCUGAGUCUUGACUUUUUUGUCGUUGGAAGUCUUUUGAUUCCUUUAAGAUUUUACUUAAUUUGCAAGUUGUUACUGAUAAGAAGAGUAAAGGGUAGUGGAGCUUGAUUUUAGGAUUCUGAAGCAGGGAUGCAUCCACAAGUAGCUCAAUCUGAAGCUUCAAACCAACAACACCGAAGAUUUUUUCAAAGGAGAAAAAAUAAGAGAAAAAAUAAUGCACUGAAUAGGCAAAAAAAGAAGAAGGAGUAUGCAAGGGUAGCUGCGGAAAAUAGACACUUGACAGGCAUAAUUGAGGGGAUGAUUUCCCAGUACUUGAAAGUUCAAGGCAAAAAUUUUCAGAAACAUGAAAAUUAUGUUUCCCACUUAGCCGGCGAGAAUGAUCAUCGAAGCUUUUAUGCCCAGGAUCAACAAUGCGCGGGCUCUCAUAUAGGAGGAAAUGAUGACGAGCUGGAUGUAAUGAAUGGUUUGGCACUUAAUGAAUUAGACAAUCCGUUGUCUAACGAAGUGAAAAAUCCAAAGAAUUCUCAGACCAUCCAGAAAAGCACCAUGAGUGAAUUUCUAAAGAAAAUUGAUGAUGAUGUUGCAAGCAGCAAUGAUUUCUCCGACUUUAUGGUAUGCUUUGAUGGGGAGCACAAAAAAAUUGGAAGAUACAGUUUCCCACUGUCUUUAGUUUCUACUGUGGAAAGAAUCACCAAUGUCUAUGGUGAUGUUUCUGCUCCGUGUUUAAAGAACUCAAGUGUUACCGAGAAAAUCUAUCUAUUUUUCUGUGCUACAAUUAAAGAGAUGGAGGAUCUAAAGCUUCAUCAAGUUACAGAGAAAAAACUGUUGAAAUGGAGGGAUGCUAUUAAGGAUGCUCUUCGCAUCAAUUUCAAAGUCGCUUUUGCUAUGCACCAUUUGAAGAGAAUUGCUCGUGCUUAUUUUGGCUGCAUAGGAAGCCAAGAGCUUCAGAGCAUAGGUGACAAAUUGGAUGCCUUGAACAAGGAGCGUGCGGAGACGUACCAGGAUUUCAAAGACUAUAUUGCUUAUGCAAAAGACUUCUAUGGCAAGUCUGUCAGCGAUGGUUUAUUCGCGUGAUCCUUCCAGUGCUCAAGCACCAAGAACUUUCUACAUUUCUAGCUAUUUUAGGUGUUGGUUCUUUAAUUUUGGGCCCUUUUUUUUUUCCCCUCUUUAUCUGGUUUAUGAAGUUGUUCAUGGACUAAUUUCUCACAAGUUUCUGAUGUUAAGGAGUUUUCUAGGUUACGGUCGUUACCUGAACAACAGUACGGUUUACUCACCUUGCCGUACUGUGUUUUAUGUGCCGAGCGUAACAUGUUUAACUCUUUUAACAUUUGAUUAGUUUGGAUACGUGGUGUGAGAGACGACUCUCAUCUGAUUGUUGGUGUCGCUAUAGGAGUUCAUUCAAGAUGGCACGUACAAUAGACUCUCACCACGCAUCCAACAAAGUGGCCUAUUGUCAGAGGUUAAAUUGAAACCUAUUUUUGAACCCUAACUUAAAAACUAAAGUUUUUUAGGUUAAGGGAUCAAGAAUACGUUUUGAUCUGAUCUCCAACAGCUACAUU